AUGGAACAGAGACACAAGGCCCUCCUUCUCGCCAAACGACUGGAGAUAACAAGCGAUCUACGGUUUAGGAACAUUCGACGACAUCUUAUAGACCAUGGGAUCCUGAACGGUGCUGAUCUUGACGAGAUAGAAAAUCAUGAAUCACGUGAAGAUGAAGUCAAAGCUUUGCUGGACGUUCUCCCGACCAGAGGACCGAAUGCAUUCUCGGUGUUUCGGGAUGCCUUGAAGAACAGCUACCCGCAUCUGGCACGGGUCUUACAGGAUGAGCCGCCCACAGGUAUUUCUAUGACCCCCAUGUAG